UCUGAACUCGCGUAAGUUUAACUAUCAAGUAACUAUGAUGGAGUAAUAUAUUAGAAGUGAAUAAUGAAAGUGCUACUGAAAUUUGUGUUCGCGUGUUGUGUGCUGACUCAUUGCUGUUGGGUAGUUGAUUCUACAAAUUACCAUCAAAGGUUCAACGAUGGUUUUCGCAGUAGUGGAUAUGGUACAGGCGAAUCUUCCUAUCAGACUCGACAUAGUGGCGUAGCAGUUGGCAGUGGUUAUGGGGCUCAGAAUGGACAAUCAACCAACUACCAGUCAGGAGGUGGAGGUUUGAAUCAUCAUUUGAAUACAGCUCAAAACGGAAUUUCACGAGGUGCGGCAGUUGGCGGUAGCCUGGAUGCCGGUAGAUCCUACGCUUUUGGACAGAGCACCGCGGACUCAUCUCACUAUGCAACUGCAGGUCCUCGUGGAAGCAAUUGGUAUCUAAAUGGGGCAGGUGGUCGUGGGCAACCCUACUUCGCUGGGGCUGGUUUUGCACCGAUCAGUGGAAGAUUUGCAAGACCGAAUGGUUUCGGAAACCGUUAUCUGAUCGGACCAUAUGGCAGUGUGUAUCCUGCUUGGGGUAGACUGCCUGGAGCAUUUUCCUCUGCUGGGUCUCAAAGGGGAGUACAAAAUGUCGGGUAUGCGGCAAAAGUUGAUAAUGGCAUUGGAGGAGUCGACGAAACUGGUGCCCAGGGUACUGGUUUAGCUUCAGUUGGAGGUGGACUUAAUCCUACAACAGUGGUUGGAUCUGAUGGUUUCUACAACGGUCCAUAUUCGCCAUUCCGUGGCGACGGCAGGUACCAAGAUUCAUCUUUCGUAGCCGGAUUUGGCUCUGGCUACCUAUCCAACAGAGGUAAUGCCUUACCAUAUGGGCUGUCUACGUCUACUCCUACAACAUCUCAAAAUUCUGGUGGCUAUCAAAAUUUGGCAAACCGUGCUUCCACUGGAGGAGCUGUUGUUGGAUCUUCACAUAACACAGUACCAGUCUCAACAAACAAUAAUAGACCAGCCGGCUCAGUAGGUGACACAAUCCGAACGUCAGCUGUAGAUCCCGUAAAUAUCAAUCCAAACUCUCGUGGUGACUUCACAAGCACACAAAAUAGUGCUUUAGCUUCCCAAGGGUCAUCCUUAGCCCAAAACCAACAUGAACCUACAGGAAGUGGUGAUCAAGGACAUUUAUCACACAGCAAUGCUGCCCUCAAUGGACAAAACCGUGCAGACGAAAGUUUAUCACAUUCAAACGGCUUUGGACAAACCGCUUCUACUUCAAUCAGAACGAAUCCUAUUGAAACUGCGAGAUCGCAAGGAAGUAGGGGCUUCGGCGUUGACGGAUCCUACCCUGUCUCCGCUGGAAGUGGAAUCUCAAUGGGUCAAGGAUCUACAGUCGGCGAUGCGAACGGUUUGAAUUAUUUUCGGAACAAUGCUGGAUACGCAAAUCCAAGCUUGCUUAGUGGAAGAGGAAACCAAUUUGGUGGGCAAACGGGUACCGGAUUAACUGAUGGUUCAUCAAAUUUUGAGAAUUCUAUUUAUAAUGGAUUUCAACGUGAGUCAAAUGGUUUAAGUGGAAGUAUUGCCGGGAGUGAUUCACGUGGACAUCGAUCGGAUUCUCGCUACAACUUGGGUAAUAGAGCGGGAUUUCAAACUUCUGGUGGUGGCGUGGCAUCUGGUGUGACGGGAAGCCAGAAUAGCGUUGGUCCAUCCGGAUAUGGGUCCGAGGCAGUAAAUGGUUAUAACGCGAACAGAGGAACAAAUGCGGCGAUAGCAAAUGGGGCCAAAGCUCAAGGUGAACAAUCGAUCGGGUUAAAAAAUUUAAACGGAAGGGUGAAUGAUAAUGGAUCGUACGGACUUUCUCAUGACUCAGGUGCGAGUUCUGAUGGAAUCAGUGGCGGCCAAAAUUCAUAUAAUACAAACAUAGAUCAACUAGGUUUCAAUUCCGAAACGAGGUAUAUGAAUGAAGGUGAAAUGACAGAAGCAAGUUUUGCAAUUAAGGGAUAAAAGAUUUCAUAGAUUUUCGAGUGGUGUUAAUGAGAAUCUGUAUACCCUCUAAGUGUAGUUUGUUAACUAUUUUUUCGUUUGUGGCAACCAGAUGUUUUGCCGUAACUUUGAGUGACUUCGAUCUAGUAUCACAAUAAACUCGGAUUUAAUUCAAAAGUUACCUUUUUUGGGCUUUCAGAAAAUUAUUUUAAAUAAAUUUUUCAAUUAAUUAUUCAACCAAUUGUAACAAAAAAUAUAAAAUAAA